GGAGGAGGCGGCGGGGUGUCAUGGCGGCGGCGGGGUGGCUGGGGUCGUGCUCCCGUCGCCUCCUCGGGGCGGCCCGGGCCCCGGCCGGUGUGUCGCGCUGGCGCUCCGGCGGUGUGGGCGCCGUGGCGGCCCCGGCCGAGAAGGGGAGCCCGGAGCCGGUGGUCCAUCAGCAGGAGGACCCCGACCCGGAGGACGUCAAUCUCUACGAGAAGAACCCCGACUCCCACGGCUUUCACCCGGACCCUUUCUUGGACCUGUGGAACAUGCGUCUUGUCUUCUUCUGUGGAGUCUCCAUCACCCUGGUGCUGGGCUCGGUCUUCGUUGCCUAUCUGCCUGACUAUCGGAUGCGGGAGUGGGCGCGGCGGGAAGCGGAGCGCCAGGUGAAGGAGCGCGAGGCGAAGGGCCUGCCCCUCAUGGUCUCCAACUACUUCGACCCCAGCAAGAUCGUGUUGCCCGAAGAUGACGACUGAGCCCGACUCCUCGUCCUCCCCUUCCCCCAAUAAAAUGAUUCACUCUCAGA